ACUUAAAGAAGGAAACUCGAUUUCCGGUUCCGUGACUGAAAAAUGUCCGUCCUAUAGAACAAUUUUACGAUUGCUAACGCGAGGCAGUUCUAACCUGCACUUAAGUGAUGCUAGUACCACAUCAAAAACAAAAAGGUCGAUGAUACAUUUUUCCUAAAUUGUAUUGUUUUUUGUUAAAUGUAGCGAGGAAAAACUUGACUUCACAUCCAUCCGAUUCAGGGGAUUGUUUAUGUUGUAACAACGGAGUUCCAUCCCGGGCUUUGCUCGUUUUCUUAUUUUCGUCAACAUAGGCGAAAUAGUUUUAUUUUUUCGGUAUAACUGUAUACAUUUGUACAUAUUAAAUGAGUCGCGGAGGAGAAGCUGACGAGGACGGAGGUGUUAAAAGAAGAGUUGCCUAUGUUUUUAGCUCGGAGUUCAUUCAAAAAUGCGACAGUUUGUCCAAAGUACCGAACAGGGCCAGUAUGGUCCACUCGUUGAUAGAAGCCUAUGGUCUGCUGGAACACAUGAUGGUUAUACAGCCUCAGCUGGCCUCCCUGGAGGAAAUGGCCAAGUUUCACACAGACUCGUACCUGGAGCAUCUUCACAAAAUCAGUCAGGACGGAGAUAACGAUGACCCACAGUCGACUGAUUUCGGCCUGGGUUAUGACUGUCCAGUAGUGGAGGGAAUAUAUGAGUACGCAGCUUCAGUGGGUGGAGCCACACUGACUGCAGCUCAGUGUCUGCUGGAGGACAAAUGUGAUGUGGCCCUGAACUGGGCUGGAGGCUGGCACCACGCUAAGAAAGACCAGGCCUCGGGGUUUUGUUAUGUAAACGAUGCUGUACUGGGAAUCCUCAAACUGAGAGAGAAAUUUGAUCGCGUUCUCUAUGUUGACGUUGACCUUCAUCAUGGUGAUGGUGUGGAAGACGCCUUCAGCUUCACCUCCAAAGUCAUGACUGUCUCUCUGCAUAAAUUCUCACCUGGAUUCUUCCCAGGUACAGGUGAUGUGUGUGACACUGGUCUGGGUAAAGGUCGAUGGUACGCCGUCAAUGUCCCUUUAGAGGAUGGGAUCAAAGACGACAGAUACUACCAGAUCUUUAGCAGUGUGAUGCAAGACGUGCGAGCCCAGUUCAACCCAUUGGCUGUGGUUAUGCAGCUCGGUGCCGACACUAUGGCGGGCGACCCCAUGUGUUCCUUCAACAUGACCCCAGUGGGUGUGGCCAGGUGUCUGAGCUCCGUUCUGCAGUGGAAGCUGCCCACGCUGCUGCUGGGAGGAGGAGGCUAUCAUCUGGCUAACACAGCUCGCUGCUGGACCUUUCUGACUGCUGCUGUGCUGGGAAAAACUCUGUCCUCUGAGAUACCAGACCACGAGUUUUUCACAGAAUACGGGCCAGACUAUUCUCUGGAGAUCAGUCCCAGCUGUAGACCUGACCGGAACGAUUCCAAACACCUGCAGCAGCUCCUGAGCACCAUCAGAGGGAAUUUAAAGAAUGUGGUUUAGGACCCUCAGCCUCUCUCUCUCCCUCUCUCUCACACACACACUUGCAGGUCAUGGUCUUUAAUGAAGACAAUGUGGACUUAGACUCCUUCACCCUGAGGCGUGGAGGGAGUGAUGCAGGGAUGAAGGCAGGAAGGAGUCAGCGUGGAAGUGUUUCUGGAAAACAGGUUUCCACAUUUUCCAGGGGAAAAAACAUCCUAAUGAGACAGAGGUCAUAUGUCUGUUUUUAUUUUGUCAUUCUGUAGAGAAAUGUCUGAUUAUUUGUGGUCACUGUUGAUGUUGAAGCGAAAGGACAGUUAUUGGCCAUGAGUGUGAAGACAUGUUUUCUGUUUCUUCUGUUCCAUCACUUUGUCCAUUUUAUACUGAGUAUUAAACUGUUUUGUGUUUGGAGUUGCCUAGUUUCAGGUGUUCUGUGUCUCUUUUUAUCUCCCUGAGGAAGAUGUGCAGGAAAAACAAACACUAUGUUCGACAAGAAAAAGUAAUCUGUGGGAAAUGUUUUGAGUGAGCUAAAAUCACUGAUUUUCUCUAUGGACUUUGGUCUGUGAGCUAAAAUCACUGAUUUUCUCUAUGGACUUUGGUCUGUGAGCUAAAAUCACUGAUUUUC